AUCCGGGUUUGACGUCCGCACUAUAAAUAGGAGAGACCCAGGCUGGUUUGGGGACGGGUUCGAAGCGUGAGUGAGCACAAACCUGGGAAUUCGGGCAGGAGGAAUUCAAAUCAGCUGUGGAGGGAGCUAAGGAAUGAACUAUUGAAUUGAGUGGACUUUGUGUCAGGAAACAGGUUUGGCUGUAGUCAGGACAUAUCAGUUUUAGCUGUUAUGGGUGAGGAAGAUGCUUCCAAAACGUGUGAGCCAGUGGCAAAUGGAGGCUCAGAAGUGGAGAAAAAGAUUGAGGGUGCCAUGGAUGUGAAAGAAAACCUGAAAGAUGGUGUGACGGAAAUGGAAGAAGAUAAAAAGGAUGAUGGAAAAGCUGAGGCUCAGGCAAUGGAUGUGGACGAACAGGACGCUGCGGUCGAAAAAGAAGAUGAAAGAAAGGUGGAAGCUGAGGGUGGCAAAGAAGAUGGAGGAAAGACAGAGGCCAAGGAUGGAAAAGAAGAUGAGGGAGAGAUAGAGACUGAGGACGGUAAGGAGGUUGAGGGAAAGACACAGGCUGAGGAUGGAAAAAAAGAUGAAGGAGAUGUGGUCGUUGACGGUGGAAAAGACAAUGAAGGAAAGACGGUGGCUGACGAUGGAAAAGAAGAUAAAGAAAAAACGGUGACUGAUGAUGGAAAACAAGAUGAAGGAAAGACAGUCGCUGACGAAGGAAAAGCGGUGGCUGACGAUGGAAAAGAAGAUGAAGGGAAGACUGUGGCUGAUGAUGGAAAAGAAGAUGAAGGAAAGACGGAUGCUGACGAUGGAAAAGAAGAGGAUAGAAAAGAAGCUGAAGUAGAAAAUUCCUGUAAUAAAGAAGAGAAGGAGAAUGAAGUGAAGAAAGGAAAACAAGAAGGCACAAGGAAGGUUGGUGGAGUAAAAGAGAAACCCAAGAGUGAUGUAAUGGAGGAAGAGUCGCAUGUGAAAAUCAAGGAGCAGGCUGAGGAUACGGUUGAAGAGGAUGUCAGUGGAGCAAAAAAAGAGGAAGAAACUCUGAAUAAGGAUGAAGAGGAUGGUGAAGGGGGGGAAGUGGAUGAAGAAAAGCCAGAACAGCCUAAAGGCUCCAAAAAACGUCCUAGAUCAAAAAGUAGCUCUGGGAAAAGGAACAGAAGUAAGAAGCAGCAACCUGAAGAGGAAGAACGGGAACAGGACACACCCCUUGAGAAAAAAACAAAAGAACCCAAGACAUCUGUAGAGAAAAAGGAAAAAGAACAGAAAACCCCCGCUGCUCCAACAAUCGAUCGUCCGGUACGCGAGCGGAAAUCUGUGGAGAGGCUGGUUGCCACAAUUGAGAGGGAAUACGCUAGGGAUUUUUAUGUCGAAAAGGGCCGAGGAACAGCGCUGAAAGAUAUUCCAAAUGUGGCAUAUAAGCUAUCCAGAAAGAAGACUGAAGAUACUUUCAAAUUGUUGCAUACUAUACUGUUUGGAAGGAGGGGAAAGGCUGCACAAGUGAAGAGCAACAUUUCAAGAUUCUCUGGAUUUCCUUGGAAGGAGGAUGAGGAAAAGCAAAUGAUCAAAGUCAAAGACAAACUUGACAAAAUCGUUAAGGAGAAACUGGUAGAGUUCUGUGAUGUUCUUGACAUACCAAUUUCCAGGGCUAAUUCGAGAAAGGAAGAUAUAAUUGCAAAGUUGAUAGACUUUAUGCUGGAACCUCAUGCAACUACUUCGGAGUUGCUUUCUGAUAAAGAUCAGGGAAAAAAGAGAAAGAGGGUGAGCAAACCAGCAUCUGCAAGUAGCAGCACCCCAUCGAAAAGCUCUACAAAGAAUCGAAAGAAAUCUAGGAGUGCAUCUAAAAAGGGUGGAGAAACUAAGAGCAGACCAUCAGAAUCAGAAGAUGAGUCAGAUGAUGAGAAAGAGAAAGAUACGAAUGGUGUUCGUGAGGAACCCGAUGAGGAAAUGUCCGAACAAGCUGAAAGUAUGGGGAAAGAGAGUGAAACUGAAGAAGAGACAGAGGAGGUAAAAACAAACAAGACUCCACGAUCAGGAAAGUCCUCCGACAAGAAGGGAUCUAAGAAAGCCAUAACCAAGAAAUCAACAUCCUCUAAAAAGAUCAGUCCCGCCCCCAAGAAAACCCCGGAACAAUCACCACCCAAUCACUCAAAAAGCAAAAGCAACACAAGUGCAAAGAAAUCAUCUGGCCAGAAGGAAGGCAGCGAAUCAAUCAAGAAGUCGUCUGCACCAAAUAACUCGCCAUCGAAGGAGAGCACUGGAAAGAAAAUUCUGAAAGUGAAAGAGAAGCUCAAUGAGGCAUCAAAACCGAGUGAUGCUGACCUGAAGAAUGUUGUUUGUGAAAUCUUGAAAGAAGUCGACUUCAAUGCGGUCACCUUCACCGACAUUCUGAAGCUACUUGGUAAGAAGUUCAACAUGGAUCUGACGCCAAGAAAAUCAUCGAUAAAGACCAUCAUUCAGGACGAGCUCACUCGAAUAGCCGAGGCUGAAGAGGCAGACGAAGAAGAGGAUGAAGUAGACGACGCAGAGGACAAGAAAAAGGCGGAUAGUGUCAGCGUCAAGGGCUAACUCCCACCCACCCAGCAACAUCAAGACAACCAACCGGUGUACACUAAAACCGUAGAAAUACAGUCUUACAAGUUACUACUCAUCAUCGUUAAAAACCAGGUGUAAUUUAUGACUGUUAGGUAUUGUCGUAACUAGUAAAGAACCCCUGUUACUAGAUUUAAUAGUUGCAACCACAUAGAUUCGAUGUAGAUUUACUUUUAUGUAUUUUAUUUUUUUUCAUCUGCAAUUUAGUGUGUACUAAUAACCUUUGAAUCGGAAGAACUCUUCUUCCAGGUACCUAAUGUUAUAUUGUCUGGUGGAAGAUCAGAUUCAAUCCGAUCCGUCCUCUUAAGGUAUGUUAUUAUUAUUAUUAUCAAAAUUUGGUUGGUUGUGGA